AGGGCAGGCAAGGCCCCCCGACUGACCCUGCGCGGUGGGGAAACCGAGGAAGGGGCGGGGACCAGAGCAGCCCCCAGACCCCGCCCCGCCUUCUUUAGGUGCGGUCGUUGGGCUCUUGGUUCUGAGACCUCCCUGCUCAGAAGGUCUUAGGAGGUUGAAGCCUCCCUCCACGUCGGUUCACAGGAGAGGGCCCACCCGGGGCGGGACAAGGUCUCCAGGAAGCGCGGGCCGCCUGAGGGGGCACCCGCGGGCUCGCCCCCACGUGUUAAUUGCUGGACCUUUGGGCAGUUCCUUAAGGAACCCUCACCUCACAUGCCCCAUCUCUAAAAUGGAGGUGUGUGCACACACACGUGCCAGUUGUUGACUGUCCAGAGUUCUGUAGCAGUGAGCGAAGGCUUCUAAGCUCUGAAACGUUCCAGUGUUGAUGGUCAUCGCUGGAUACGUUGAGAAUUAAACGUGGAAGUGUGUCUCUCCGAAGGAGGUUUUGGUGGGCUGCCGUUCUUGGUCUUUGUGUUGAUCAGAAGUAUUGCUGAAAAACUAAAAUUCAGAGUUCCAAAUUGACCCAUUUCCCCCAGUGCCUGAGUUGGGUGCUAGCCAGACCCAGUGCUGGUCACUGAGCCAAAUGGUGAACUGGACUGUCAGGACCGGGCGGAUGGAAACAGCACAGAACCAAGGCGCAAAUUAAAAGGUGACUCCAGACGCAGGAGGAUGAGCCGCGUCCUCAGAGAAUCGUCUCCUCCUGGCUGACGGAUGGAGGGAAGCAGCGCCUGCAAGGAUCCCGGCUGGGCUGCAGAUGCCGGGGGCGGGGCUUCCGACGCCGGGGGCGGGGCUUCCGACGCCGGGGGCGGGGCUGGUCAGGCUAGGAGCAAGCCCGCACUCCCCUCCAGAGGCGCGCCCGAGGGGGUCGUCCUUUCGUCCGCACCGAUUUUAGACUUGAGUCAAAGUGGUCUUCACCAUUUAGGAGAGAUCUUCAAAGUUCCCACCCUCAAACAAUUGCAUCUUCAGCGAAAUGCCCUCUGCACGAUUCCUGAAGACUUCUUUCAACUAUUGCCAAACCUCACGUGGCUGGACCUUCGCUACAACAGGAUCACAGCGCUUCCUUCCGGGAUUGGCUGUCACAAGCAUCUGAAAACUUUGCUCUUAGAAAGAAAUCCUAUCAAAAUGUUACCUGUGGAGCUGGGGACUGUGACCACCCUGAAGGCGCUGAACCUGAGGCGCUGCCCCCUGGAGUUCCCCCCGCAGCCGGUUGUGCAGAAGGGCUUGGUGGCCAUCCUGAGCUUUCUGCAGGUCUGCGCGGCCAGGCACGCCCCCGCCGGCGACGUUACCCCUCGAGCUGCGAAGUUGACCGUGAGCGAUUUGCCUGAAACCCGGCUGGAUUUGCCAGAAGACUGUGUGUCUAACGAAGCCCCGAAUUCCCAGGAGCCAAGCGGAACUGCGGUAGCAGAAGAGGCGGGCUUUCUCCCGCCUCUUGGGAAGCUGGACCUGGGUGACCUCGGAAAGGCCCCCGACCCCCUGGAGGACUGGCCGAGCCGGGAGGAGAUCCAGCGCUUUUGGAAGCUGAGGCAGGAGAUCGUGGAGGACGGACAGGCGGGCGUUCUGGAAAACCAGCUCUUGCCCGCGGAGCUGCCCCCAAAGCUCAAGGCGGCGCUGAGCGCCGGGGAGGAGCAGCCCCCCGCCCGGAGGCCUGUCCUCAGGACGAACACGCCCCGCUUCAAGGGCGUCCUGCCUGACCUGGCCUCGUCGCACCAGGCCCUGGCCCGCGCCCGGCUGCAGGAGAACCGCAGCCUGGCCCUGCAGGGGCUGCGGGACCGGCAGGCCCUGCGGGCGCAGCGCAGGAGAAACGAGGGGGCGCUGCCAGACUGGCGGGAGCAGACCCUGGCCGCCAGCAGGAGGAGGGAGGGGCUCUGCCGACGCCCACCCUGGCUGAGGAGCCCGGUGGCGUCAAAGAUUCCUUUUGCCACCGGUCUGCUAGAUAAUGAGAAAACGCCCAUGAAUUUGCCCGGAAAAAUGAGACAAAGCAAAGAGAAAUCAUGGCACACAAGUCCGGAGGCAAGCACCUUCCACGAGGGGAAUUUACAGGAAAAGCUGAACCAGCACGUCCAGCAAAGGCACGACCGCAGGAGCAGGCCCCGGGGGCUGGCGCCUCUCGGGGAGACGAGGAAGGCCGUCCGGGACUUGCAGACUGCCAGGAGCCUGCAGGCCGAGGUGAUGAAACUGAAGCUGAGGUCGACCCUGAGCAGGAACCCCCGAUGCCCGGCACUCUCUGGAAGCCACUCGCUCGGCCCGGCGGCGUCACAGUCUCGGAAUAUAUUUUUUAACACGAAAUAUUGAGCAUCCGAAGACGUGUACACAUCCUGACAACAGAGCGUCACUCUCCCGUGAGCAGACGGCGGCGUCUUCUCCCGUGGGGAGUUGGGCUGCCACUCGCUGCCCUUCUGGGGGGCGCCUCCGGUGCGCUGGGGCUGCGAGGGUCACGUCUCCGCCUGCUCUGCUUUGUCCGAGGCCGCAGGAGGCUGAGCUGCAUUAAAAGGACAAUAUUGUGAGCAGCUGCAUGGCUUCCACUUGCAGCCCCCCUUCCCCAGCCGCCACCCAGCUCACUGGGGCACCAGCUUGGCCGCUGGUGAGCGACCCCGCCCCCCCGGCCCAGCGGUGCUGUCCCCUCACCCUGUCCCCCCCGCCAGGCACCCAGCUCUCACCAGGCUACACGGCCUCGGCCCCACUUUGUCUCUGGCGCUCAGCCUCUGACAGCAGGUGAGAUAAGGGCUUGACCUUGAAGAGGUCUUUGACUGCAUUUCUUUAACAGACGGAAGAGAAUUCAAACUUUCUGUUUCUUCUUGUGUCGCCUUUGGCGAAUGUGUCUCCAGGAGUGGUUCCGUGUUGGGUUUGUCCGCAUAGACUUCACCGUACCCUCCCUUCUCCUCCGACACCUGGGCUCUGACUCCGGCGCCUUUCUCGCCGCCGCAGUUGGCGUCUCCUUUCUGUUUUCCUUGCUCUCGCCAGGGGUUCCUCUUUUUUGCAUAUUCGAAACAACCAGUUUGUUGAGUUUCACCACCCCUGCUCUCUGCCAGCCUUUCUACUUUCUUUGGGCUCCCUUGGUGCUUCUCGGGAAUGUCACCACUUUCAGACACGUGUGUCCGAGAGGAAGGAUGAAAUGCGUCACCUGGGCUUCCGACUCGGGGAGCCGGCUGUGUGGGUUACUGCUGCCGCCCGACAGGUGGCUCCAAGACGUGGCAGCUGGAAAGGAGAAUCGCCUCUUAAGAUUAUUCUCGUGGUUUCUGAGGGUCCGGGAGGGGAGCGGCGUGGCUGGAUUUCUGGUUCAGGGUCUCACGGGGCUGUGGCAUCCGGAGGCUCGCGGCCGGAGGAUCUGCUUCCCUGUGGAGCGCGCAGACCUGCCCUUGGCCGCCCUUCGGCCUCCUCCGGAGAGCGCCCCGAGCGCCCGGGACCUGCUGGCUGUUUUGCACACGUCGGGCCAGCCAGUGGCCCUGGCGCUUGUCCGCCUUGUCUGCUGGUGGGCAUUCGCCAUCCGCUUGGUUUUGGACUUAGCGGUCUCCGCAGAAACACCAAGAGGUUCUUUCAUGUUAAAAAUAUCAGACUCGCCUCUAGGAGAGAAGCCGUGAGCCAGCGGAGGCUCACACGGGGUCUUCCUUCUUGGCAGGGGCGUGGGUGCCUUUCCUCACCCUCGUCGGGUGCCUCCUGAGCCGUCGGGAAUCUGGCAGCGUGACCGUCAGGUCUGGGGUUGCUGUUCGUUGCCGUCUCAGCCGAGGCCCCUGUCCUCUCACACCUGCACUCGGCCUGCCCGCGGAGGCCUUUCACAUUCAGCAGGAUUUUUUAAGAUCAAGUUUUUAAUUUCGAUCAAUUUUAAAUUCCAGAUAUAUUUUUCUUCACCUCCAAAAUGCCAGUGUGGCUCUUUUAUAAAUAAUGUUAUAUUUGUAUAUAUAAUAUGUAAAUGUAAAUAUUAAAAAACAUGUAUAUAUA